UAGAAGUCAUUAAAUGAAAUAAAAUGUCUGCAUUGAGAUUAUUUUAAAUUUAUUAUUUUGUAAUAUUUGGGAUAGUGUUAAACCUAAAAAGUGUAAAAACUUAUUUUACAAUAAGUAAUUAAAAGUGAGAAGUAAAAAAUUUGCAACUAUGUUACAUAGAAGUGAUAAAAUUUCUUACAGAAGUAAGAGGACUUAAGAGCUUUUGUUGUUUUUUUUUUGUCAUUGAAUAAUUCCGUAGUAAAUCGAUCGAGCAGCUGAAAAUUCCUAUCAGGAAAAGAAAAAAGUAACAAAAAAUAAUUUUCAUUAUACCUACCUAUGAAAAUAAAAAUGGUGUAGAAUAAAAGCUAUAUUUAAAAGAAUAAUUAUAACAAAAAAAAAAUAUCAAAGAUGAAAUUAAUUUGAAAAAUAUGUUUGUGGAAAAAAAAUUGGGCGUUAAUAUGAAGUUCAAUUAAAAGUGGAAAUAAGAAGUUAUUGCAUAAACAUGAACUAAUAAUAAAUAAAAAACAAUUUUUCAACAAUUUCAGGUGUUUAUACUAAAACAUUUUGAAGAUUUUAAAAAUCUAAUAUGGAACUUUUGUGACGUUUUUGGUUUAUGUAUCGAUUUCUCGUGUAUAUAUUUACGAGAAACGACCAUAAAAAGUUUUGCGUUGUAUGUGAUUAUCUUUUGCUGAUAAUUUUAAACUUCUACGGGGAGGAGUUUUAUUAAGUAUAGUAUAGAUAAUUUAUGCAACUUAUUAAAUUUAAUUUAAGUUAGUAAUUCUUCACACUCCUAGUAGAUUUAUAAAUUAGUGUAACUAGAAAAAAUUAAAAAGAGACUGUCAAAAUGAUGGAUUUGGUUGCAUGUCCGGUUUGUACCUUGUAUUUGCAUAAGGGAAUGAGUUUGGCUGAACAUUUGGAAACUCAUCCUAAAGAACAAGUAAUAAAAGCUUUGGUAUCUCUGGCUACAGGAUCCUUGUCAUCUGGUGACAUUUUAACAAAUAAUGUUACUAAUAAAACGACAACGCCUGUUGCACCAUCUACAGCCACAUCUUCCGCAAACUAUGAAAACUUUCAAUCUGCCAAUACAGUUUUGCAUAGUAGUAAUAAUUUGCAAAUACGUUCACCUAGUAAUGGCAAUAGCUCAAGUCCUUCAUCUUCGUUAAACAAUUUUACUACGAGUUCCAACUUUAGCUCUAACAUUCAAACUACACCUGUUAUUUCAACAUCUUUUAACGACGUCGCAUCAAGCAGGGUGCACAGUAAUGCAUCUAGUUUGAAUUAUAAAUCUAAUUCAGCGUAUAGUUCAGGAUAUCAAGUGCAGGAAACACAUGGGUUACAGGCAAAUAGUAAUAUGGGAAACCAAAGUAGCUCAAUAAAUUUCCCUUCCCACUUGCAACAUUUAUUUAACUCUAAAACAAAACAAUUGCCGCCUCCACCAGAAUAUAGACAAGCAAUAAGCCAGUUACGAUCUCAAAAUUUUGCACGUACAAAUACUACAAAAUCUUUAGCAAAUUUAUCAUUGAAUAGUAAUAAUAACAGUAACAAUUGUAAUGCAAUUAACACUAAUUUUAAUAACAGUAAUAAUAAUAGUAACGAUAAUAGCUAUCAAAUAUCAAGUAACUCAUCUACUUCGUACUCAAUAGUUAACCAACAGACUACUAACUUCUAUACUAACACCAACAAUUAUCAAGAAACAUUAGACUUUUCAUUACCAAAGCAACAUCAUCAAUCAUCAACAGUGAAUAAUUCAUCUUUACCUGCGCCACCAUACAACUCAUCAUCACAUUUAAAACGUGGUCAAAACAGUGACAUUUCCACAAGUAACGGGCCCUGUUUUGAAUUUUCCACAUAUUCUCAACCUUUAGAUUGUCAGACCACUUUAAAUGAGGAAGUUGUUAAAUUUCCAAAAGGUGUCAAUUUGGAAAAGGAAGUUAAUAAUCCUAGAUCCCCAUCGCCCAUUUGUUUGAUUACAUCAAUUCGCUCAUCUGAAAACAGUUUAAAUGAAUCACAUCAAGCAAGCAAAUCUCAAUCGCAUUCUUCUUCAGUAUUACGUUUUGCUGAUACUCCACCUGCUGCACAAUAUAUAGAAAGAGAUUCUGGUGAUUUUCUAGUUCAAGAAUCACCACGUCAUAUAGUAGAGUGUAUUGAAAAAGAUAAUGGGGAAUUUUCUGUUAUUGAAAAGGUUAUACAAUCACCACCAAGUAUUGUAUCUGUAAAUGAACAUAUAUUAGAAGAAAAUGCUCAAAUGAACAAUGAAAAACAAGAAGCUGACGAUGAUAUUCAUGAAGAAGUAAGUGAAGAACAUGGUUGUGAUGAUAAAAACAAUGAGCUGUCAAAAAAUAAUAAAAGUGCUAAAUUUUCUGAAAAUGAUAUCAAAACUGAGAGUUCGGAAAACUUUGAAAAUGAAAACGCAGAUUUAAUUGAACACAAAAACGAAUCAAAAAAUAAUGAGGGAAAUGAGCAACGUUUAAAUUCUUCAAAACGAAAACUUAUCUCUAAAGGUGUGAAAGUUUUAAGCAAUGUAAAAUUAGAUGCGAAUAAAUCUCUUGAAAUAGUUGAAAAUAUCCAAAAAUGUAGCACUGAAGAGUUUUGGACGGGAAUAGUUAAUACAAUUAAAAAAGAAGAUUCAGAUAAAUCGUAUAGCUGUAAUUCCUUACCCUCAACAAGCGCAAGCAGUGAGGUAGAUGAAGUAGAAGAACUAAAUAACUUAAAUGAUAAAAAAACUGCUCAAAAAUGUACCUCAACUAAUUUAUCAGUGGAAAACGCAACGAAAAUAAUUGCAACAAGUGUGAUUCGUUUAGCAGUAAACCAAAAACAAUUAGAAUCCAAAAUACCAUCUUCAAGCAAAAAAUCAAAGAGUCCCAAAAGGGAAAAAGAUUUAAACGAAAAAUCUCAAAUUGAAAAUGAACCAAUAGCAUCGUGUUCUUCUCAGAGUCGAUUGCAAAAUUCAUGUGUGAAGAAAAAUGUUUACAGAAAAAACCCUAAAAAAUUGAUAGUAAAAUUUAAAAAUCCUUUACCUCCCGUUACACCUUCGCCAAUUUCAUUCGUUAAAGAAGGCGAGUCGCAAGAAAUUAUAGACAUAACGGAAAAUGAGUCUAUUGAGAAUGAUUCUGUUAAGCCAGAAGAUUCAAUAUUAAUACCAAGUAUAAACAAAGGAAUGAAGCAGAAAAAUAUAGAUGACUCUGAUGAAACUACUCUUAAUAAUAUGAUGGAGCAAAUAGUAAACGAAGACGACAUAUCAUUUGGCGCACCUGGACUGGAGAACGAGGUCAAUACCUGUGAAACAGUUGAAAAAAAUCUAACAGAAAAUUUCAAUUUGAAAAUAGAAAAAGAACCAGAUUUUGCUGAUAUUGGGAAACCAAUGCAAAUACAAGAUGCUACAAAAAUUCCGUCUGCAUCACCUUCAACUUCAUCAUUAGGGUUAUCGUCAUCAUAUUCAUCUCCUUCUUCCUCAUCGCCUUUAUCAGUUUCUAAUCAAGAAAUUGGAAGUUUAAAUGAUUUAAAAAUAAUACAAAAUGAUGAGUUUUGUGACGAAGACAAAAAUUUUAUGUCUAUCAAAACUAAUAAUUGUAGUGUGGAAAAUGAAUCCCGAAAUGUUAAUGAAAAAAAAAGUGAUUUAAGUUUCACUACAAGCAAUAUUACAAAAACGGUUUUCAUUAUUGAGGAAAUAGAUGAUGAUAGACAAUGUGACAGGAAGGUAGCCGUUCAGCAAACAAAUCAAAUUCCUGGACAAUUUUUGAAUAAUGAGUUUCAAACAGUCAGCUGCGGUUUGUCAACAGGAAAAACCCCAGAAUCAUUCACAUCAGAUCAUCAACCAAAUAAACAACAAAUACAGCAGCAAAUUGAACACGCUGAAUUAGUUAUUGAUAUACAAAAUAAUCAAAGCAACACACAACAGAAUACAUAUUGCGAUUAUCCAUUCAGUUUUUUGUACUCUGCCUCGUCAACUGUAAUACCUAAUACAGCAAAUUUGAAUUUUUCAAGUGGUGCAUUUACUUCAGGUGCAACUACUAAUCAAAACAACAACAGUGAACACGAAAUUAUUUUUAACUCGAACAGUUCUAGUAAUAGUAACAUGAUUGAUAAAACAACAAAUUCUCUCACAUCAGCUUCAUCUUCGAUCUCUGUUUACUCAAAAACAGGUGUUAAUGAUGAUAACGCUGUUAAUGGUGGUAUUCAAAUUUUUAAUCGUUAUGUAGGUCCUACCAUAUUUACUUCGCGCGAGGAUAAUGAAUCAGAGGAAAAAAACAGUUACUUAGAUUUAGAUCUAUGUACCAAGCAUACUGAAAAUAAUGAUGGAGAAACUCGAAAUAAUGGGAGCAGUACAGCAAAUGGAAUUCUUAACAUAAACACUGUUACAUCAAUUAGUACUCAUAACAGUAGAGAUAAUUUAAUUACAGAAUUAAAUAUACGAACGGAUGAAAAAAUGCCUGCUAAAGGAGAGAUUUCUGAGCAAGAAAGUAAUGGUGACAUUGAUAACUCAUGGAGUCAACCUAUUUAUAAUGAAUUGACAUACAAAUAUUCUAAUCCUUAUGACGUAAGUCAUGAAAGUUGGAGCCUAAGUCAUGAUGAAUUCUUUAAUCCACAUGAUUUAAAUAAUAUCCGAUCUAAAGUGACCACAAAUUCAGACAUAGAAAAAGAUAUUAAGCCUAUUUUGCCAGGAACAUCAACAGAAUGUGUUAACGAGCCUGCCGGAUCUAAAAAAAUAAAAAAACGAAAAAAAGCGCCAACAUUGUUUUCAGCUACCACGACAAUUUUAGAUACGGUUAAUUUAAAUAAUAAUGCAGCUUCAUCAUCUUUGGAAAAUGGUCAAAUAUCCGGAGCAAUAAUAACCAAAAAGAAAGCUUAUCAAUGUGACCAUUGUUCUGUAGUAUUCGUACGAUUAAAAGAUAGAAAUCAUCAUAUGGUUUCAAUACAUCAAUAUAAAAGAGUUAAUCGUCGUCUGAUUCGGGAAGCACCAUCAUCUACCGUUACAUCUGCUACUAUAAAUAACAUCGUAAGUAUUACAGAUCAGCAAAGCGACAAUGUUAAUUUAGCUGUCGAUAAUGAUACAAAGCCAGACGUCAAUGAUUCAGUAACUUCAUUAGUGUUGUCGUCACAAUAUAUAAAAACUGAAAACGAAUUUCCAGAAGCUUCGCAGCCAAUAAUAGAAACUACUGUUGUUAGCACUACCAGAAAUGAUGAUAUCGAUAUCCCUGAUGGUGAUGAUAAAAAACCAGAUUUGGCAGUUGUUGCAACAAGAACAACAGUUCCCGCUAAUUACCCGCGAACUAAAUACGAUUCAAUACGAACAAAUGUUUACCGUUUAUUAAUGAAUUUCAAUUUAGGUGUUCUUAAACAAAACAGUAAUGUAGAAAUUGAUCAGAAUCUUUUUAAUUCAAAAUCUUUUUGUUGCAUGGUUUGUAAGCAAGACUUUAUUAGCGUUAAACUUUUUGAUGAACAUUUAUCGGAACAUCCAGCAGAAUGUUUUACGUGUGGUAAAAAAUUUUCUCGUUGGACAUAUUUCUCAAUUCAUUUGAAACGUCAUUUAGGAUGGAAAGAUUUCGGUUGUACUAUUUGCCAAAAAAAGUUUGUAAUUAGGAGCGCAUUAGUAGAACAUAUGCGUAUACAUACAGGAAUUACACCUUUAAACUGUAAUUUAUGCAGCAAAUCUUUCAAACGAUAUUCAAAUUUAACACAACAUAAAAGAGUGUGUCAUACCAAAAAGAGCAUAAGAAAAAAAGAUUAUGUUUGUUACUGUGGCGAAGUUUUACCAACAAAAGCUCGUUUUAUUUGGCAUAAAGAAACCCAUGAUCCAAAACCGAAAUGUUGUCUUUGGUGUUGCGAUCGUUUUAUUCACGUUAAUAGUCUACGACGUCAUAUUCGUUUAGCACAUGCCGAUAAAUUUGCUUACAAUGAGCCAGCCGAAUGUCCAAUUUGCAAUAAUAUAUAUGCAAAAACUAGUCUUAAAAGUCAUAUGGCUACACAUUCAAUGGAAACUCAACACGAGUGUGCUAUUUGUAAUAAAUCAUUUAGUACAAAAUGGAAUUUAAAAAUACAUAGUUGGGUGCAUGCAAAUCGUACCGCAAAACCUUUUAAAUGUGAGCAUUGUACAAAAGCUUUUGUACGUGAAAUUGAUUAUAAAAAUCAUAUGAACGCUCACAAACAAAUUCGCCCAUACACUUGUGAAUAUUGCGGAUGUAAAUUUAUACGUAAAUAUAAUUAUUUAAGACAUAGACGUGAACAUCACGGACAAAAGAAAUUCAGUUGUGAUUUAUGUGGAAAACUUUUUCAUAGACAUUAUUAUUUAAUAGAGCAUCGUCGUAUACAUACUGGUGAAAGACCGUUUUUGUGUACCAUUUGUGGCAAAAGUUCAACAACAAAAACAAAUCAUAACAAACAUCUAAAAAUACAUCAUUCUCGUGAUCCUUUUACCUCCGAAGCUUAAAUAUAAAUGCCGGGUGUAUUUAUAAAAGCAAUACUUUGAAAGUUAUAAAAAUUAAGCUAUAUUUCCAAUUAAUGCUUUCAAUAAAAAAAAAUUUAUAUUAAUUUCUUCUCAAUGCAGACAUUAUAUAGAAAAAUAAAAUAACCACGAAUUUCAUGGCUCAACUGAUAAAAAGUUGAAAUUUGUUUGAAAUAUUAAAAAUAACAUGUUUAGUUGCUUUUAAAAUUCCCCCUUUAUUAGUAUAUAUCGACUAUGGACAAAAUAAUAAAGAAGAUUUUUAUUGUUUAAUAAUUCAUAAGAAUGAGGAUUGUAAAAAAAAGUGUUCAGAUUGUUAAACUUUUUUCUAAAAUUUAUUUUCUUGAUUUGUAAAAAAAUUAUUUACUUUAUAAAAAAAUUUCAGUUUUCAUUUUGAUUUUUAUUAACUAUAUAUAUAUAUAUAUAUGUAAAUAUCGUAAUAUAU